UUUGGAAUGAGUUUGGAGUGAAAUGGAGUUGCAUUUGCAAAUGAAAGAAAAGAAAGCUGAGAUAGAGAUGGAGGGAAGCGAAAGGGAAAGCAAUGAUGGCGGUGAUCGUCCACAUCCAUGGCAGUCAUAUCAUACUGUUUACACUAUCGCCAAAGCAGGAAUGGAAGGGGUUGACAAGGAGAAAGUGCAAAGAACAGUGUAUGAAAUGAGCAAAGGAUCCAAAUAUUUUCAGAAUGAGGAACGCAAGGAGGCUUUCAUCAAUCACAAAAUUCACAAUUUUCGACUUAACUGUGCCAAGCUUACCCCUCAAGAUUUAUCCCAUUAUCGCAAGGUUGCUGAUAGAAGAAUUCUUGAGCUCGAAGCUUCUCGUGACCUUUCAAGGAUUUGGUUACAUGUAGAUAUGGAUGCUUUUUAUGCAGCAGUUGAGACUUUAAGUAACCCUACUUUGAAGGGCAAGCCAAUGGCUGUUGGUACCAUUUCUAUGAUAUCCACUGCCAAUUAUGAGGCCCGGAAAUUUGGGGUUCGUUCUGCCAUGCCUGGGUUCAUUGCACGUAAGCUAUGUCCACAAUUAAUCUUUGUCCCAACAGAUUUCAACAAGUAUACUCACUACAGUGAUUUGACCAGAAAAGUUUUUCGCAGGUAUGAUCCCAAUUUCAUUGCUGGUAGCCUGGAUGAAGCAUACCUUGAUAUAACUCAAGUUUGCAAAGAAAGGAAUGUCAAAAGUGAACAAAUUGCUCAAGAACUCAGAGCAAGUGUUUAUGAAGAAACUGGUCUCACAUGUAGUGCUGGAGUGGCACCAAAUCGCUUACUUGCUAAGGUUUGCUCAGACAUAAACAAGCCAAAUGGACAGUAUAUUUUGCCAAAUGACCGUGUGGCUGUAAUGACCUUCAUAUCAUCCCUUCCCAUCAGAAAGAUUGGGGGCAUCGGUAAGGUCACUGAAAGUAUUUUGAAGGAAGUUUUUGGAAUUAACACGUGUGAACAGAUGCUGGAGAAGGGUAGCUACCUGUGUGCUCUUUUUCCUCAGUCAACAACAGAUUUCUUUUACUCUGUGGGUUUAGGUCUUGGGAAGACAGAUUCUCCGCAAGAAAGAUUUCGGAAAAGUAUUAGUACUGAAAGGACAUUUUCUGCCACUGAGGAUGAAGCACUGUUAUAUAAAAGAUUGGCGGAGGUUGCUCAAAUGCUGUCCACGGACAUGCAGAAAGAGGGUCUGUGUGGGCGAACACUGACUCUUAAACUGAAAACUGCAUCUUUUGAGGUUCGGACUAGAGCUGUGACUUUACAGAAGUACAUCAACUCGAGUGAGGAUAUUUUAAAGCAUGCAUCAAAGUUGCUAAAAGCUGAAUUUCCUAUUUCAGUGAGAUUGAUAGGCCUUAGAGUAUCACAGUUUAAUGAAGACAAGUAUGGUGCUACGUCUGAUCCCAAACAGAAGACUAUUACCCACUUCAUUACUUCGGGAGAAGACAAUAGGAACUCAAGUUCUUUUCCAGAUGUUACCGAUCAUGACUUUGUCGCUGGCAUGGAAACUGAUCUUUCCAUUGUUAGUCGGCAGACAUGUCAGCAUGAGUGCAGAGAUCCUUUUGAUGGUAAUCAUUCAUUAGAUGCAGAUUACCAAAGCUACGCUGCCUGGGAAAAUGGUGGUGCUGAGGAGGUGCCAACGUCUGAGAAUGAUGCUACAAGUUCUAACUACAGUGGAUGUACAGAUGUGCCAGGAUCAACAUCUUUCCAGGGGCAGUUUGCGGACACAAAUGUGAAUAAUGGGUGUAAUCUCCUGAAGGAUCAAGAGAGACUUGAAUCUUCUUGUCAGGAAUCUACAAUGUUGUGGUUGAAUGACUACAAAUGUUCACUUUGUGGAACAGAGCUUCCUCCAAGUUUUGUUGAGGAAAGAUUAGAGCACUCUGAUUUUCAUCUUGCUGAAAAGCUUCAAAAGGAAGAAUCUAAGAUUCACCAAACAUCUCUUCCGAGUCAAAGUCGGUAUCAGAAAGAUCGAAUCGCCAGACAAAGCAAAUCCAAGAAGCAAAGGUUGUCACAGAAAGAAGGCAGCUAUACACCAAUUGAUUAUUUUUUUGUCAGAGAGUAAUCAAAGCUUCAAGUUAUUGUAUUGUUGUGUUUGCAAUUCUGUACAGCAUCUGACAAUUAUUGUAUUGUAGAAGUUACAUUUCAUAUUUCCUAGUACAUGUGUAAAUUCUAUUGUAAUUUAUGUUGUAAUAUGAACCUUGAUGAUGAAUAAUAUACUCUCAUUCACGUACAUUGCCUUAAGAUGAAGGGGUGUGUAUUAGAGAUGUACUGAUACUAUACUUGAUAGUAUGAAACUUUCUAAAUCUAGAGCCAUCAUUUCUCCUCUUUCA